AUGCACAAAGAUGGAAAUUUGCAAGAUGGAAUUGGGAUUCAGCACGUCCACGCCGCCGCCAAGCCCGCCGACGCCGCGGAGACCACCAGCGCCUCAUCAGCUGGGGCCGGUGGCGAGGUCAACCUCAAGAAGUGGGACGCGGAGUUCGUCAAGGUCGCGUCGGCGACGCUCUUUGACCACAUCAUGGCUGCCAACUAUCUCGACAUCAAGGGGUUACAGGGCCUGACCUGCCGGGCGGUGGUCGACAUGAUCCAGGGCAAGUCACCGGAGGAGAUCCGCAAGAUCUUCAACAUCAAGAACGACUUAACCAAAGAGGAGGAGGAGGUGAUCCGCAGUGAGAACUCCUGGGCCUUCGACACAUAG